AUGGUCAAAAGUGUCGAGAGUAUCAAUAAGCGAGUCGACGAGGUUGAAAAAGGUUUGAACUUUAUUAAUUCAGAAUUUGAAAAUAACAAAAAGGAUGUCCGAGAAGUAAAAAAAAACCUGACUGCGAUACGCUCUGAAAACGAAGAAGCAAUCGAAACUAUUGCUAAACUUCAAAAAGAUUUCGACGACCUCAACGAAAAGCAACUAGAUCUACAAACUAGGGCGAUGCGGGAAAAUUUAGUCUUUACAGGUAUCCCAAUGCACGACAAAAAUGAACUGUCAGAUGACACUGAAAAAAUCAUUCAAAAUUUUAUGACAACUGAAUUGAAAAUGUCAACCUUACCAGAGUUUCAUAGGGCUCAUCGUUUUGGAAAGGAGUACACCGAAAAACAUCCUGACGGGUCAAUUAAGUUUAUUACUAAACCUAUAGUGUGUAGAUUUGUGAAUUACAAACAGAGAGAACUAGUACGAAAAGCCGCUCGUGAACUUAAAGAUACGAAAUACGGCAUAAACGAACAGUUCCCAAAGGAAAUAAACGAGCGCAGGAAGGCUCUGUGGCCCCACUUUCAAGAAGCACGCCGACAAAAGAAAAAGGCUUUCUUUAAGAGAGACCGACUAUUCAUUGACGGGAAUGAGUUUUUACCGAAAAACAACACACACGUUAUGGAUACAGACGAAAGACAGACGCGUUCACGCCAUCCACCAAAAGACCAAGGUGCUCGACCCAAAGAAUUCACCCAGCCGAAAAAUCCACAACCCCGUAGAGGACCCCGAAAAGGACAGAACUAG